AUGGACGUCGACGCGAUAAAAGAGCGACACAAUGCUCUUAAAAGGAAAGCGAAUAUGUCAAUGAAUGAUCUUUUGGAAAUUACUAAAUCAUCUUCAGCCAAAAGGAAAGCAUAUGCUCAAAAACUUUGCGAUGUUGAAGGGUACAAAUCAAUCAUUAAAACGUACAAGGCUCCGGUUUGGUGCGGUUGCGCGGUCUCGCCGAGAGAUCUCGCUGAUUACGGUUGGUCGUGUGUUAAGAAGAAUACGGUCAAGUGCGUCGAAUGUAACCAAGUGCUAUCAACCAUCUUACCAAAUAUCACUACUGUUAGCAUAAAUGUCUACAAUUCGUCGCUCAAACAUAUUCAUGAGAAAAUGAAAACCGCACAUCGAGUGACUUGUCUCAAACGGACAGGAUCGGCACCUUUUCGGUUAGUAGAGCCGACAGCUUCGGAAGUAAUUAAAGGAAUCGAAGAACGACUGGCAGGUGGUUCUUCUUUUACUGCGAAUGAUAUGACUGUGGAUAUUCCAAACGGGGUUUCUGUUCCGAAAAUGGACAAAGCUAGUCCAGCCUUUGUAUUCACUGCAGCUCUUGGCUGGAAAAUCGCUAAAGCUCGUCGAGGCUACAUUUCUUUAUCGUGUGACUUGUGCGCAAGAGAUCUCAUAUUGAAAACCGGUGCAAAGUUCGACCCGAUUCACAAUCACGAGCGUUGGUGUCCCCGUGUUGAUAAGAAUGAUAAUGGCGAUGCCUGCUGGCAAACUGAUCUCAAUGUUGUCCUAAAUGAGAAAAACAAGACUGCUCCAAGCUCAAUGGGCCAAAUCUACAAGGACUAUUUUUCGGCUCGACGAAUUCUCGCGCAAUCAGUUUCAUCUGUGAUUCCAUCGUGCACCUAG